UGGGAAGAAUCAUUGACAGUUUCCCCCACUGCUUCCAGAGGCUGGUGUGUACCCUGGUCAGGAAGAUAUUUGUAAAUGAAAACUACUGUUUCCUUGGGGAUAUAGGUAUCUGUGGUCACAAGGAGAGAUGACGUGUAAAGAUUGAGGUGAAAGUAAAUAAGAUGAGGACAGAGAAUUGAGGAAAAUUGUAUUUUUUAAACCGAGGGAAUAAAUGUGUUCCUGUGACUGGCAGGUUUCAGGACAGCUUCUCUGAUGUGGUUACCCAGAGUUUCAGCUUCAGGCGCAGGAAGGGAGGUUUUGGGGAGAGUGGAGGCAUAGUUCCGGAUCGUUCGCAGUGUGAACCCAUGUAAAUCAGUUCGUCUUGACUCAUGGGUCGUUAGAUCGUUUUGUGAAAAACAAGCCACGCUUUGCUUACGUGCCGUUGAGCUGACUGCUAAAUAUUUUCGGCCUGUCUUCCUGGUUGAGAAGCUUCCCGCCCUCUUAAGGUGUCGGCCUCACAUGUGAUGUGUCCACAGAUUAGGAAGGGGGCGUUGCUGCGCUGGAUAGGAGGUGCCCGAGGACACCCUCGCUGCACAACAGCCCGUGGCCUGCCACCGGUGGGCGUGGGGAGAGGCUGCCCGGCCUGCAGAACAGAACCCUGGGCUCCCCUCUCCCCUCCCGGGUGGACGAACGGUGUUUCGCGCCCAGUUCCCACCUGAGCCUGCUCUUGUCUUUGCCGAAAUAGUGGAGGGCUGAGCAGCAUGUCGGUUUCUGUGCCGGUCCCUCCCAGAGCCGCUUGUCAGGAAGUGCUCUUCAAACAGAUGUGACAGCCAUGCAGGACCUUCGGUGUCUGUGAGGCGAACCGCUACGCAGGCCAAAAUAUACAGUUCACCUGUGGAAAAUCAACCGGUUGACAGUGUCUUUGUCCCCGGGCGAGCAGGCAUGAGGGAGGGAAGUGGUAUGCCUCCCUGGGAUGCUUCACAGCUGGAAAACGAGUUUUUCCAAGUUUUAGACGACUUGGAUAAUAAACUGGCUCAGGAACAAUGUCCAAGCUCGGGGAAUACCACAGCACCUCUCAACUAUGGAUCAAGAGCACAGUGCAGUCAUUUUUACUCCAGGGGGAACACGCACGGAAAUAUCACGGGAAGGUACCAAAAACACCAUAAUGGAGCUUCUAAUAUGUCUAUCUAUGACAUCCUAAGACCAGGAACCCCUAGGGAAGGUUUUAAAACCUUUUCUCCUAGAACAAAAACAAUUUAUGAUAUGUACAGGACAAGGGAGCCCAGACUCUCAAAAGAAGAUUACGUGCAAAAGAGUAGUUUCGGUAGUACUUCUCUGUGUUUCGACAGCAGGCAGCCAUCAACUUCACCGGCUACAAUAUAUUUCACAACAAGAAGCUUACAUUUUCCAACAAUAACUCAGAACAAGAGUGGGUUUAUACCACCAAGACACCAGCAGAGCCCCAAGAGAACUCCUUUAUCAUCCAUUAUAUGGAAUAGAUCAGAUUCUUCCGGAGGUAGGCAGAGCCAGGAAGAAUUCCUGGGGGCACCUUCACCGAUGGAGAUUGACUCUGCUGACCAGUAUGUGUAUCCCAGGUGUUUUCAGGAGAAUAGGAGAUACGAAUUCUACCGUUCGCAGAGUGUUUACCAAGGUGUCCAUUUAGACGCCUGCAUGGAUAAUGCAAUGAGUCCUGACCCAUUUGAGAACUCAGAAAAUAUGCCAUUCUACCAUCAAGAACACCCAUUUGCUAGAUCUUUCUCUAGCAGUACCUUUGGACGAAACAGGGAACAGAGAUUUAAACAAAGUCCUCUUUGGGGCCAACACGAAGAACAUUCGUUCUGGUCUGACUUCCCUCAAAGUAGGCAUCCAUUCACUUCUCACAGAGACUCCGAAAUGAUAUCCAUGGAAGUGUCAGCUGGUCACAGCCAUAGCAUUCACUCUCAACACUGGGGAUCAUUUUCUCCUGGUUACAAAACAAAUAUUUUCAGAGAUCAUGAAGAGCCACAUCUCUGGCAGUUUGACUCUCAGACAACCACACUGGAGAGCACGGAGGUGUCGCGAGGCAACGAGAGCCAGACGACUCAUUUCAGCAUGCCGAACGUUUGCCCUGGGACGGGUCCCAGCUAUCACAGCACGUCUGGCAGGUCAGUAUGCCAACAGGGCGGUCCUCCUACAGAAGUACGCCUGGACAAAGAACCUUGCUCGUUUGGAAAGACUCAGACGACUCUAGCAUCCUCAUUGAACACCUCCUUCCCCCCGAUUCCCGAUGACAGAGGGAACCCUCAGAGGCCGAGCCUUCAGGAUCCCACAGUUGCUGUGCACAAAAUUAAGCCUGCCUCUCUGCCAACAGAAAGCUAUACGGAAGUCACUGUGACCAAGAGCGAUUCGGUCGAUUCUCCACCUCUUACUGAACGCCCACCCAGUAUCUUGGUCACACAGGUGACUAAGGAGAAAGUCUUGAAGGAAUCUCUUCGGGAAGAAGACAAACAACUACACAAGAUGGACCGGACACACAUGACAAGUGAAGUCCCCCAACCGGUCUCACAGACAGUAACCUCUAACCAUGCCUCUGAUGUUCAAAAUCCCCUCUCCCAGGACUCAGCCGAGGGCAAAGGGUUUGCUUUUAAUGCAUCUACCACAGUAAGUUCAAAGAGGUCACCUGGAGUCAUUUCCAGGAAAGAGAGCCCCAAAAUUCAUAUAUCACACAGAGAGCGUUCCAGUGAACUUAAAAAAGAUAAGAAUCACACGGGGGACAGAAAACUUGGCUCAGCAACUUCCCUUGCUUUCGUUCAGGAACGCACAACAGCGUCUUGGCCCAGCCCAGAUCAAGGUUGUCACCAGGAAGUAAGAGCAAGUACUGAAGCUAUUUCAGGCAUUAUUAAAAAUAACCACUGGAGCUCUGGACCUGCUGAUGGUCAAAAGGCACAGUCUGCAGAAAAGCCUGCUAUUUCAGAUACCAAGGAAGAACAAGGUACCACAAGUCCUUCCACCAACUGUAGCAAACCAGCUGCUCGUCGUAAGAUCCCACGCGAUUCUUCAGAUCUGUCAUCGGGUAUACUACCUGGCUCCUCACCAUCGAAUAAUUCUUUCCUUGACACUCCGGCGAUUCCUUCAACAACAGUGUUCUCCAGGAAAAGUCCUUCGGGCAAGGAUCCAUCUCCGGGAGAAAGAGCACAAAAGGACAAUGAUAGCAAGGACCAAAGUGAUCAGUUUGCCCUAAGCCCCUCAGAAAACCCAAAGCGUAACGAUGAGUGUGUACUUGUACACAAUGAGGCAGUUGAUGUUGCCAAAUGGCGUUCUCACUCUCCUUUCAAGGAUGGGAAAGGAAAAGGAAAAGUAAGGCGACGCAUAGCCUCUCUGGAGAAGUUAAGCCAAAUGGAAAGGAGAUCAGCACCCACCAGUGAUAACAGUAGCUCAGUGGAGAUGAAUCAAAGCAAUUCCAAGCCUCCUGAAGUUCACACGACUUCCUGCACCUCACCAAUGAAAUCAGCCAGAUUUCUCAUCAAUAACAGGAAGUCGGAAAGUAAGAUAAUGGCUUCUCCGUGUAGGAAUGAACCACUUCCAUUCCAAGUCAAAAAUAAUGUGGAACACCCAGCAGGGAAGUAUACAUUGAACAAAUUCGGUCCCACUUCUUCUGAGUCAGAAAGCAAAUGUUCCAAAGCAGUGUCAGACUCGGUCCCAGUAGCACCUGAAGCCACAGAGAAGGUGACAAACCUGAAAAACAUUGGGUUUGCUUCUGUUAGAAAAGGACCACUUCCGUUCCUCAUCAAGAGGGCCGUGUCAUGUCCCUCAGGGGUACCAGAUGCCUCAGAUGGGAGAGACAAAAGAGAAGAAUGCUUGGUCUCAAACACAGAUGAUUCUGCUGUAACACUAAAACCUUGGGAGGCGAUCAUUAGCCCUCUGGAAAAUAAUUCACCUGUCAGCGACUUGUCUUGGCCAAAAAGACACCACCAAAAGGAAUACUUUCCAGAAUGCACUGAAAAGGAUGGUAAAAUUGCUGCCUCCGGGACAGGCCUAUUUUCCCUUUCAAAUGAAGACCCUCUGCCUUUCUCUUCAGACGCGUCAAGAAAAGAAAGUGGGAAAACGUUACGUAAAUUUAAGACCACUAGUACGUUUUCUGUUUCUGGCGAUGAAGAUAAUGUAAAAUGUCUUGAGGUGGUUUCAGUAUAUUACACUCUACCAAGGAAAUACAGCAAAAAAUUCUCUAACAUUCUUGAAAAGUAUACACGAUAUAUCGAUUCACUUACGGAAUCAACUAAAGUGGAGACUGAAACCUUUCCCAAUGCUUUUGAGAAAGAAAAGCUAAAUUAUUCUACCCAAGAGCAGUCAGGAACACCUUCAUCUGAAGGUCUAAAGAUGCUGGUCACCUCUGCUCAGGAGAAGACCCACUGUCUUUCUCACACCGGUGAAAAUAUGACCGUUUCACAAUUACCAAGCCUUUGGCCCUCAGAACCAACAUUACAGGAAGUGGAUUCUACUGAGGCACGUGUUUCUCUUCAUAAACGAGAAUCUAAAACUGGAGGGAUUUCCCCAGAUAACUUCGCUAAAACACCCCUAGGUGAUUCAGAGAGCAGAAAAGAGAGAGGGAAAAGAUCACAAAGCGAAACUCUGCCUCCUUCAUCAAUGCUUCAGGAAAAAAAAGUUACAGAAGAGAAAGCUGAAAAGUGUCAGCAAUCCAGUAAAUCGGGCAACAGUGGUCCUUCUAAUCUCCCAGCCCAUUCAGAAGAGAAUGUUGGAAGUUCCCAAAAUGGAAGAAGUUCCGGGGAAUGUGUAGGUACUAGGAUAGCCAUCACAGCUCCUGGAACUGGAGAAGGCCUUCCGAGAGAGAUCGCGGACGGCAGUUCCAAUGGAUUGCAGCCUAGUCAAGUAAGAGGGGAAAUUGGAACAGAUUUCCAAAAAGAGACUAGUAAACCACUUUCUGACUUGGAAAGCCAAGUCUUUGCUCUUACUCCAGCUUUGCAUAAACUACAGCUUUUUGAAGGGACUUGUUCAGGUGAACCAGAUUUAGACAGUUUGCAGUCUGAACCCAGUGAGCUACCUCCAAGGAGUCAGGAGAUAAGCAUGACAGAGAACAGCAAGGCUGAAGAUGAAAUGCUAAAGUUGGCAUGGGAUCAACCUUCAUUUCCUGGAGGAAACAGUAAACAGAAAACCAGCUUGGAUGACCCAGAAAAAGGGAAAAACAGAUCCGUAGUUAAACACAGAUUGGCAGCCAUGUCCAAAGCAAGCAGAAAAUUUCCAGCUAAAGAUUUAAGCCCCAGAAGACACGUAGCUACUAUCUUCCCCCAAAGUGGGAACAGUUCUGGCUUUGGCAGCUUAUCUCUUGGCACGGCCGAGUGCAACCUGCCGUCCCCUGAGCCUACUCCAAAGUCCAUAGAGUCCAGAAAUGAAAGCAGGUUGAGUUGCGAUAUAACGGAUGUGGAAAAGUCAGAGAACUCUCUCCAGGUUCCUGUAAUACCCAGUAGAGAAGCUUCCACACACUUAAGCAAUCCGAAGUCUAACAGCAUUUCACAGCUACAGCAGAAUGGGUCUAAAAAUAUCUCAGAAUCAUCACCAAAGUAUGAGAAGUCUAAAGAUGUAACAGCAGCUCAGACUUUGGAAAGAGAGUCCAGAACUUUGGCCCAACCCACAUUCCCCAACCUCGGGGAAGCAGACUUCUCUGACCAUCAGAGAAGAAUAAACCCUCCUUUUCCUUUGGAGCCUACAGAGAAAUCUAGAGUAAGCAUUCCAUUGGCCAGUUAUCAGCAACAACAAAGAAGUGCUUCAUCUCUGGAGUGGGGACCUGAACUGCACCCCUAUCGUUCAAACAGUUUAAAAAGCAUCAAUGUGCACGGUGAUCUGGUACGCAAAAGUCAUCCUCCAAAGGUCAGGGGGCGCCAUUUUUCUGAGAGCACUUCUAUUGACAAUGCCCUGAGUGAACUGACCCUUGGGGAUGAAUUCUCUGGCAACAGCGGAUACAGUCGAAGAUUCAAAUCCUUUUCUGAGCUUUCCUCCUGUGAUGGAAAUGAAAACCGGAUUUUGGGUGGCGGCAGAACAAAAAUGGGGCCCAAGUUUGCAACAUCUAUAUCUAGACCUAUUGACUAUGGAAUUUUUGGGAAAGAACAACAGUUGGCUUUCUUGGAGAAUGUAAAGAGGUCACUCACACAAGGGAGAUUAUGGAAACCAAGUUUUCUUAAGAACCCCGGCUUCCUGAAAGAUGAUGUAAUUAACCAUCCUCAGCCAACAGAGCUACCAAGCUCAGAUUCUCCUAGCGGCCAGAUUCCGGAAGAUGCCUUAUCUCCAGGCGCACCACUUUGUAUCUAUGAAAAGACUCCAGUAGACUCAGAUUGUGACACGGACACAACCACGGAUGACGAAUACUAUCUGGAUGAAAAUGACAAAGAGUCAGAACUGUGAGGCUUCUUCAGUAACAUGCAUAUAACCUUUCCACCAAAAGUUUGUAAUGGAAAUCAAGUGUACAUGUGUAUGCCCUUGAGAAGGACACAUAUAAAAAAGAUCUAGUGUGGGCAGCACCUGCUCUGAAACUACCCAGAUUCUCUUUUUUUCCCCCCACUCUAUAAUAUAUAAACAUAUAUAAGCAUUAUAUGCUUCCUAAAUUCUAGAACAAAUGAAUUCUUGUUUUGGGGGGGGGGGGUUCUCUGCCGUUUUCUACAUAUAUAUAUAUUCUUAGCCUUUCUCCCCUCCCUCCACUUCAUCUCUAAUUCACUAUCCAAUUUUGGCUUUCUGCUUUACUUUCUCCCUAACUUUUUUUUACACCUUUCACUGUCAUUUAUAACCCUAGUGUCCCAGGCGUACACAAAACUUAUUAAUUACCCAGAACAACCAGAAAAUUCUGUAUGGCCUCUUCCAAUCCAUGCCCUAUAUUCAGGACAUUAAAAAACAUGUAGGGAUUAUGACAAUGGAGUAAAUAUUAUCAUCCUGUUUGACUCAUCAGCAUUUAGAAGGAUUAGGGUUUUUUUUUCUUUCUUUCAAACAAAGAUAAGGAAAUUUUCACAAGGGCAUGGUGUUAUAUCCAUAGUGAAGCCAGGGAGCAGAUGUUUGAUGUAUUUGUUGAGGUUACAGAAGAGGAGCUGAAUCCCUUUCAAACCAAAAAAUAUGAGUACUCCUGGCAAUACCUUUGAAGACAUUGGUAUGGUCUGGAUGACUUGUUAAGGACUGAAUUAAAAAAAAAAAUUUUUUUUAAUAUUUAUUUAUUUUUGAGAGAGAGAGUGCAAGCGGGGGAGGGGCAGAGAGAGAGAGACAAAGAAUCUGAAGCAGGCUCCAGGCUCUGAGCUGUCAGCCCAGAGCCCGAUGCAGGGCUCCACCUUAGGAACCAUGAGAUCACUGCCUGAGCCGAAGUUGGACGCUUAACCCACUGAGCCAUCCAGGCAUCCCUAAGGGCUGAAUUUUAAUCUAGUCGAUGAGACUCAGACUAGGCAACAUGCUGGUGCAGAAGGUGGCUUGGCCACAGACUGUGCUUAGGAAGGGAGCAUGACUGGGCCUGCAGGUACGUGGACGUCUGUCAUGAGACUGGCUUAUCCUCACUGCAGCUUUCUCCUCAGCUGGUUUUUCUCAUUUCUCCAGGACAAUCCGUUUCUCUAUUUUUAUUUGCAGGAUAGAACACUUUUUUUUUUUUUCUGUGCAUGUUCUUGUCAUGAAUAUCCAGCGGGAGCACUGGCCAAGCCCCUCAAAUGCUGCUGAGUCAGAUCAGACGCCCUGGGAUUCAGUCUUCUUUGCAGGAUCAUUUACCAAACCCAUGGGGAAUUAUAAGGCAGAACUUUUAAGGGCUUGUCGCUAGGAUUCUCUCAAUAAUUUAUCUAGGCUAAAUACAUCUCAUACUGAUAACUUGAUUUCUAACUCUUUAGUUGCCAGGCAGAACUUCUGGAACUUUCUCUCCUAACAGGAUCAAUACCAGUAGAUGGCAGUGAAGAUAAUUGACUAGAACUACAGAAAGCAAUGCCAUCUGGGAUUUUCAUACUAUGAGGGUCAGUGGGAGUGUUUUUCAUUUUGAUUGGUUUAUAUUUGCUUCCUGGCCUAACUUUAUUCUCCAUUUUUCUCACCUAGUCUGUUUCAUCCAUGUAAAUUAAGGAUAAUGGUAGUGCUGGUGAAGGAAACCGAGAUCUGGAACUGAUAGAAAUGCAAGAAAGAACUAUAUUAUUAUUAUCCUCGUAACCAUUGCUUUGCCCGGAAGCAACAUGCCACAGCUGUUUACAUCAUUUCCGGGACUCUCAAAACCAGUAAACAUGUGGUAACUAACAUGAAAGCUAUUCCCUGAAUCUGUAAAUUGUUUUAAAGUCCAGGCUCCCACCAAUACCAAGCUCAAAGAGACUAAUCGUAGCAUUUUAAGUCAACUGUUCUGAAUAUUUGAAUUUGUAUGGUAAAGAGCAAAUAACAUUCCAUCCCUUUUUUUUUUAUGUUUGUAAAUUCUGCCUUUCCCCUUUUUGUAUUUAUCUGAUUAUUUAAGUGAAAUUUUCAUAAGCCAUGACUUAAGUUUUCCAUGUAAUUUUUAAGAUAUUCAGAGUUAAUAUUUUAAUAUUAAGCUUCUCAGUUUUUGAAAAAUGAUCGGCUUGCAAGUUCUAUUUCAGUAAAUACUCUGAGUUUACAUGUAUGUUACAAAAGGUGAAAUGAAGUUAGCUUAUUUUUCACUGAGUUUAGGCUAUAGCAACCGUCAGUUAAGGUGAGGAUGAACAGCUACCCCGACGUCCUACUUCUCUGCACUAGAAUCUACUAUUUGAAUUCGAAGGUAAUUAAUUGAUGACCACUAUUGCCCUAUUUGCCUGUUGGUCUGGCUCAAGAAUCAAGAAAUCCGAAAGUUCACACAAAUAGCACCUUCUGGAGUUUUAUACUUUUAUAAAAAUGCUUCGUUAAAGAAGUACAGCCAAUUUCUAUGUAUUUUAACAUACAGACUGCUGCUUUUUAAUAUUCAUUUUUGGUAUAGCUAUAGUAAUUUAUAAUCGUCAUUUUUAUACCCCUGACUUGUUUUCUCAAGGAUACAAUCAUUAUUAAAAUAAACAUUCACGUAAAUGGAGGAGUAAAUCAUGAGGGAAUCUGUUCUAAGAAGUACCUUUAAAUUAUUAACUUGUUUAGAUAAUGUACUUCAACUGUACCCUGUAAAGUUUAUGUAAAAUAGGGCUUCAUGAGGUUGUUUCCAUUUUUAGAGACCUCCUUCUAAAUGAUUUACCCCUUUACGUUGUAAAUACAAUGAUGCUUAUCAAACUCCCAGCUGCUACUAACAAGGUUUUGACUGGUAGAAAGUGAAUAAAAGCAACUUUGCAUAGAAGGUAAACGGGUGCCUGUACUAAAGUAGAGAAACUCGCACCUCCAUAAGAGCACUAUUCUCUGCCGAAUGCUAGAAGGUUGAAGUGGACUUAUUGCUAAGUUUACUGUUAACAGUAGUGAUAAUGCUUUAGAAUAUCCCGUUUAAAUGUGCGGGGUAAAUAUGUACAUAUGUUACUUUCCAAGCAAGUUUGUGAAUGUAUUACCACUUAGGGGCUCUCUGUGAUUGGCACACCUGUGUUUCUGAAGCAAGCAAGCCUUAAGCACUUUUAUUAAAAUGUUAAAAUGUCAAAGAAUCCUUUUAUGUAUCUGUUCUCAAUCGUUUUCUCUAGACAUGAAAAGUGUUAACAAGACAAGGUGCAGAUUUAAAACAAUGCCUGUGUUGAAAUAAAUGAUUUAAACAGAUGCACC